CUUAUGUAAUCUCUAUAAUUGGCGAUACAAGACCCUGGGUAACUUGCCACAUGUACAACUCCUGCCUGAAUUCAGAACAGCAAAUGCUGGGUUUUUGUAUGACUUCCAGCUUAUAAAUGUAGAGGAUUUCCAUGGUGUAGGAGAAUCUGAACCCAAUCCUUAUUUCUAUCAGAAUCUUGGUGAGGCAGAAUAUGUUGUUGCGCUGUUCAUGUACAUGUGCCUGCUAGGAUACCCUGCAGAAAAGAUAAGCAUCUUGACAACUUACAAUGGGCAAAAACACCUGAUUCGGGAUAUCAUAAAUCAACGUUGUGGGAAUAACCCAAUGAUUGGAAGACCAAAUAAGGUGACAACUGUGGAUAGGUUUCAAGGCCAGCAAAAUGAUUACAUCAUCCUUUCACUUGUGCGAACAAAAGCAGUUGGACAUUUGAGGGAUGUUCGGCGUUUGGUGGUUGCUAUGUCAAGAGCCAGGCUUGGUCUGUAUAUAUUUGCAAGAGUGUCGCUAUUCCAGAACUGCUUUGAGCUGACUCCAGCCUUCAGCCAGCUUACUGCUCGCCCUCUUCAACUGCAUAUAAUCCCUGCAGAGUAUUUUCCAACACUUCGUCAGAAUGGAGAACAUCCAUCUCAUCAAGUUCAUGUUAUAAAGAAUAUGCCUCUGAUGGCCAAUUUUGUGUACAACAUGUAUAUGCAUAUGAUCCAAAGUACACACCAACAUCGACAGGAUUUAUUACCUCCUCCAGAACUUGUUGAAGAAAGUGAAAUAUCCAUACCUCAAGAAAGUGAAGUUAUUCAGAGUAAAGAAUGUGAAAUGGAAAUAGAAACUGAAAUAAAAGCUAGAUCAGUGGAUACUAUAAAAGAGAGUGUUUUGGAUGAGAAACCAAAGACAACAGAGGAAAAAGAGGAGCAUCGGAAAAUGCCUGAACAUCCUGGAAGAGAUAGUGACAGUGAAGAUAGUGAAACAGAAGUUGAUGCUGAUAAAUGAACAUUGCCUUUUUGAGUCUGAAAAAGGAGUUAUGAAAAGAUGACCAUAGAUGCCAUGUGUAUCCACUACCUUAGUGGGUCAACUGCUGUAAAUAUUAAUGAUACUUCAGAUUUCAUUUCUUUCUGCCAUGAAUAUGAAAUGAACCAUUUGUAUGGUUGUAAUCAAGGACCAUAGGCACAAUGGCAUCACAUUUUUACAGUAUGUGUAUACAGUGUAUUUAGUAAAGCAUUUUUAAACUAU